CAAUUCACCACAAAGGCAGGAGGCAAGAAAGCUACGGCGAUUCCUUCUCCUCCCGGCGCUCUCCAACUACUCCCCGCUCCGUCACAAUUUCGAGAUCCAUUCCGAUCCGUAACCGCCACUUCUGCGAGGUGAGAUUUGGAGAGAAACGAUGGGAAUCAUAGAAACAGGAACUGUAUCAGGUAACUUGCCGAGCAAGGAGACGUUUGUAGUGCACUACCCUGGUUAUCCAUCUUCUAUCUCCAGAGCCCUAGAGACUCUUGGAGGAAUCCAAGGGAUCGCAACGGCAAGAGAAUCUACGUCUAACAAGCUUGAGCUACGUUUCCGCCCUGAAGACCCUUAUGCACAUCCUGCCUGGGGAGAGAGACAUUCUUGCAUGGUUGACUACCAGCAUGUGAUUCCUAUUCACGCGGAUGUUGCACAGCAGAGGAAGAGGAAAUGGAUGGAGGUUAAGCCGCUUACAGGAAACGAUGAUCUCAUGGACAUGGCUGAUGAAGAUGUAAUGAUGUUAUUGCCGCAGUUCUUUGCACCCAAAGAUAUGCCAGAUAACUUGGUGCUGAAACUUCCAGGAACAUCGGGCCCCAAAAAGAAAGAUGAGGCACCAACUCAGAACCUUUGCGAGGACGAUAUUGGCCCAGUAAUUGCAAUUGAUUUCAGUGUCAAAGAGAUCCCAAAGGUAUUAAACUGGGAAGACUUCAUUGUUCCCAGCUCCGACCAAUGGCAAUGGCAAGUAGCAGUGUCUGCAUUGUUUGACGAGCGACCUGUGUGGACAAGAGAUUCCAUAGUCCAACGACUACUUGAUAAAGGUCUUAAAUGCACACAUCACAUGCUAAACAGGUUUCUUCUUCGGUCUGCAUAUUAUUUCUCGGGUGGUCCAUUUCUUAGGUUCUGGAUUAAAAGAGGCUAUGAUCCACGGAAAGAUCCUGAGUCUCGUGUAUACCAGAGAAUGGAGUUCAGAGUUCCACCUGAAUUAAGGGGUUAUUGUGAUGCCAAUGCAAGUAACAAGUCAAAGCGAAGCUGGAAAGACAUUUGUGCUUUUAAAGUUUUCCCUUUCAAAUGCCAAACAUUUCUCCAGCUAUAUGAACUGGAAGACGAGUACAUUCAGCGAGAGAUAAGAAAGCCUCCCAAGCAAACUACUUGUAAUUAUAAAACAGGAUGGUUCUCAGAAGCGCUGCUUGAUAAUCUGAGACUCCGAGUAGCUGUGAGGUUUGUAUCCGUGUUUCCUGAGCCAGGUUUCGAAGAUGUUUUUAAAUCUAUUCAAGAUGAGUUUGAGAGGUCAGAGAAGACACGAAUUCAGAAAGAUUCACUGACAUCUUGCAAACCAGAUCACCUCGAAAAAAUUAAAGGUGGGGAAGAGAAGAAAAAGAAGAAAAACACAAACAAAGAGAAAGAGGUAUCAGCGGAUGAAGAUGCUGAAGACGUGGAUGAGGAGUACGAGGAACUCGAUGUGGCUGCGGAUGAUGAUGAUGAGAUAUCGUUAAGUUCGCAUGGAUAUGGUGAGAAAAACUCGAGAACGUAUCUCCAAGGUUUGUUCGAUAGAUUUCCAAGCAGCAAACCAGCCUUGGAUGGUACUGAUAGCGAUGGAGAGUAUCAGAUCUACGAGCAAGAAUCCAACGCUUUGGAUGAUGAUGAUGACGAAGAUGAUGGUGACGAUGAUGAUGAUGAAUGAAGAACUUUGAACAUAAUGUGUAUUUUCAUUGUAAUUAAGAGACUAGUAGAAGACACAAUCAGGUAUCUGUAAUGUAAGGAGAUAACGUAAGUGUAGAUUAACUAACUAAACUCAACAACAAAGCUGUAUGUACAUACAACUACGUACGUGGGGUAGUUAGCUCAAGAACACCUCCUGUAUCGGUGAAAACAAAAUUGAACUCUAUAUAUUACAUCAAUAUGUUUGGAUCA